GCAGUCAGGACGACACCUGUCACUUUCAGCGGCUUUAAAGCUGUAUGUAAACAUUCGGUCUCGAUCUUAUUGUAAUUUGUUGUUUUUUAUCUAUAAUUCCUGAAUAAAUGGCAACUGAAUGGCUAUGUGUAGCAGCCGAAACGCCCAUACCGAAGGAACAUUUCCAGUGGGUGGAGACGUUAGAGCAUCCACUCAAACAAAUGACGGUCACGAUGAUUGAUAGCAAGGGAACUCGGAAAGUUGGCGGCGGGAGUAUUGCAAGCAAUGCCAGCAGCAGGACAUCUUCGACCCUUUCUUUGGACCCUUUAAGUCUCGCCCUGGAUGGGACUGAUCCACUGAGUCAGUUCGCAAAGCAAGAGGCGAUGGAUCCACUAUCACAAAUGGUAGCAGAAUACGAAACUUCAUUCAAGAAAACUGGGAAAAAGGAGAAAGAUGUCUUAGAUGGCGACGCCCUAAACUGGAGUUCAAAGCGGGCAGGAAUAUUCAAUAAAUUCACGACGUCCGAGAAACUGUCCAUUACCACCAGUUUCCUCACUGGCGGCGAGAUAAUCAAAACGCAAACCACAGUGUCAGACAAAGUCAAAUAUCGUUUAGAACAGCUUGAUGACUUCGAAGAUGGAUCUAUGCAUCAAGUUAUGGACUUGAAUCAACAAGAGUACAUAAUGCAAAUCGAGCAACUCAACCAUGAACUAGUGCGCUCGUGGAACGGUGAUCAGCGUGUGAACUCUUUGAAAAUUGCCAUUCAGUGUUCGAAAAUGCUUGCAGAUACAUCUGUUUUACAGUUCUAUCCAAGCCAAUUUGUCCUCAUCACAGAUAUUUUAGACAUAUUUGGAAAAUUAGUUUACGAGAGAUUACGCUCUAAGGCCGAUUAUAUAGAGCCAGGAAAGAAAGUUCCCACUACGCUACCCGAGAAAUUUACACCAGAAAUGAUUUCAGAAUCAGCGAAAGAAACUUGCCAGAAUUGGUUCUAUAAAAUUUCAUCGAUUCGCGAGCUCAUCCCCAGACUUUACGUAGAAAUCGCUAUCUUAAAAUGCUACAAUUUCUUAAAUCAAAAUGAAUGUAAUAAUGCCUUACUCCGCCUAACAAGAAUGAUCCGAGGUAUCGGCGAUCCACUAGUUGCAAUUUACGUUCGCUGUUAUUUAAUACGUGUUGGAAUGACCGUUACCAAUGAUAAGAAAUACAUCAAAGAGAAUUUCAAUGACAUCUUAACCGUAUAUCAUACUAUUUUUAAUGGAUCAAUACGCUCCGAAAUGAAUAGACAACGCAUCGACAUGGUCACUUAUCUCUCUUUAUUCGGACCUGCUUUCGAUUGGAUUAUUCAAGCAAUUGUGUAUCGCUCACCCGAUUCCAACUCUGCGGAAAUCCUUCAACUAUGUAAAGACAAGAAAAAUAACGGGCCUUUACUGAUGUCAAUUUUGACUACAUUUAGACCAGAUUUCAUUGCUAAUCAUGCUUUAGAUUUCGUGAGAAUCCUUUCUAAUUGUAAUACAGAGGGAAUAACCAAAGGACAACUAUUCCGUGCAUUGGGAGGAAGUCUAAACAUGAGCCCACCUCAAUAUGAACAAAAAUUGCCUGUAUUGAAUGCAGCAUUUGCCACCAUAAACACCCUCACCAAUCCUACAGAAUACAUAUCAUGCAUCGAAAUGUGGGCUCAAUAUACAGCUGAGCACUUUACAGUCUCUGAAGUGAAUAAACUGCUGGAAGAAGUAACACAACGAAUGAGUCAAAAUAAAGUUUAUGAGAAUCACUACAGCCAAUUGCAAGCAAUAGUCGACAAGGUGGUACGGCAUACGAAAGAUUUUGAAGCUUUGCUCACAUUGGAUAGCUUUCUUCCGCUUCUUGAUCUUUUUCAAAAGGAAUCGGUUAAGUUAGAAGUGUGCAAAAAUAUUAUAACCACCUACCGAACAAAUAUUGAGUCACCAACUUCAGAUCCUGUCGUCACGAAUGCCCUGAUGUACAUUUGCAAAGUGCUCAACGAUUCCGUCAACGCACUCACAGUCGAAGAUGAACGAAGACAAAUUGGAUGUCUGAUUAGCAAUUUUAUUAAGAAAGUGGAUUACGGUAGAGAUUUCGAGCAACAACUGGCAUUCUAUGUAGAAGCUCGCGCGGCUUUCCCCAAUUUAGAUACUGUUUUUUCAACCCUUGUUCAUUGCGUUAACAAAUUAGCUGUUGAAACGAGAAAAAUAGUGAACGGCCAUCACACGAGAAAAACUGCAGCCUUUGUGAAAGCCUGUGCAGCGUAUUGCUUCAUUACAAUUCCAAGUAUAGUUUCUGUGGUGACUCAAAUGGAUCUUUAUUUAUUAAGUGGUCAGGUUGCCUUGAUUAAUCUUUGCUUAGGCCAAGCUGAUGCCUGCUUUGAGACCGCAUUGAAUUUAGUAUCUGAGCUACCGAGGACGGUAGAGAUCGAGGGAAAACUAAAGAGCACUGAGAGUUAUCUUAUUUCGUAUUUAUGCAACAUGCUUUCUACGCUCAUUGUUGUGCCGGAUAGCCCUGAACAAGGAGUGUUGUACUUAGUACGCUUGCUUCUCGAUGUUUUGAAAAAGUAUCCGUUUGACUUGCACAGUACCGGACCAACUAUAGUAUACUUACAUGCUCUAGAUAUGCUUUAUACGCAGAGUAUGGAUACAUUUCCAUUUCACAUUCCACACGUUGUUUCUAACGAUGAACUCUAUGGCAGCGAUCCAAAAUUUAUAGCAGAAGUGAACUCAAUGUGUUCAUCGAUUGUCGAUCAAAUUCUCAUUCAGCUAAAAUCCUUUGGAGAUGCCAACCAUUUAAAAUCACAGACAGUUCUAGCAUUGGAAUUAUUCACGCGCAUUGUACGAUACGCCGACCUAAACAAGGAUAAAACGUUAUCGCUUGCUAGCAAUCUUUGGAACCUAGCUAUAAAGAAUGAGUCAUCGAUAGAUCCAAAACUAACGAUGAAAGCAUUGAAAUGUGUAGAAUCUCGCAAACAUGGAACGAGCCGAAUUCAAUAUGUCCAACGACUCGAUGAGCUUCUAACACGUAUGAAAUCCAAAUUAGUUAAAUAAGUUUAUUACUUACUAAAAAUGCACUCAUUAUAUGUAACUUAAUCCAAUUCAGCAAUAAAUACGUUAAUCAUG